GCCCGGGUUAUGUAUGAUUUCGCUGCUGAACCUGGAAAUAACGAGCUGACGGUUAACGAGGGAGAGAUCAUCACCAUAACGAAUCCGAACGUUGGUGGAGGAUGGCUGGAGGGCAGAAACAGCAAAGGAGAGCAAGGGCUCGUUCCCACAGACUACGUCGAGAUGUUACCCUCUGAUGGGAAAGACCCAUUUUCCUGUGGAAAUUCCAUGGCAGACCAGGCCUUCUUUGAUUCCCUAUCCACAAAUGCAGCACAAGCCAAUUCGUCCGCUGCCAACAGUAACAACCAGGUGGAUGCUUGGGCUCACCUUGGCUGUGUUGAAAGUCUCAGCCAGUCACCACCCUCUUCAGCCUCUCCUUCUCCUCCUUCUCCCAUCAAUAAGACACAGGUCAGUGGGGGCAGCGACCCCUGGUCUGCCUGGAGCGCAUCCAAAUCCGGGAACUGGGAGAACUCCGAUGGCUGGGCAGCCAAGCCCGAAGGUGCUGCUGCCGCCCAGAGGAACUCCUCCAAUAAUUGGGACUCUGCCUUCGGCCACCCCCAGGCCUACCAAGGACCAGCCACUGGCGAUGAGGACGAGUGGGAUGAGGACUGGGAUGACCCCAAGUCGGCGUCACCUUACUUCAAGGACCCAGAGUCCACCGAGGCAGGGGCUGCUCAGCGAGGCCGGCCGGGGACCUCGUCCAUGAAGCUGCCGCUGAACAAGUUUCCUGGAUUUGCAAAACCGGCGUUGGAUCAGUAUUUGUUGGCCAAGCCACUAGCAAAACCCAAAGAGAAGAUUUCCAUCAUUGUCGGCGAUUACGGCCCGAUGUGGGUGUACCCUACCUCCACAUUCGACUGCCUGGUAGCAGACCCCAAGAAAGGUUCCAAGAUGUAUGGGCUGAAGAGCUACAUCGAGUACCAGUUGACACCCACGAACACCAAUCGAUCGGUGAAUCACAGGUACAAGCACUUUGACUGGCUGUACGAGCGUCUCCUGGGGAAGUUUGGGACAGCCAUUCCAAUCCCGUCUCUUCCAGAUAAGCAGGUCACAGGUCGCUUUGAAGAGGAGUUCAUCAAGAUGCGCAUGGAGAGACUGCAGGCCUGGAUGACGCGGAUGUGCAGGCACCCGGUGAUCUCAGAGAGCGAGGUCUUCCAGCAGUUCCUCAACUUCCGGGACGAAAAGGAGUGGAAAACGGGGAAGAGAAAGGCAGAAAAAGAUGAGCUGGUGGGAGUGAUGAUCUUUUCCACCGUGGAGCCAGAGGCGCCUGACCUGGACCUACUGGAAAUAGAGCAAAAGUGUGAUGCCGUCAGCAAGUUCACCAAGGCCAUGGAUGACGGCGUGAAGGAGCUGCUGACAGUGGGCCAGGAGCACUGGAAGCGCUGCACAGGACCGCUGCCCAAGGAGUACCAGAAGAUCGGCAAGGCGCUGCAGAGCUUAGCCACGGUGUUCCGCUCCAGCGGCUACCAAGGUGAAACAGAUCUCAAUGAUGCAAUAACAGAAGCUGGGAAGACUUAUGAAGAAAUUGCCAAUCUUGUGGCAGAACAGCCAAAGAAGGACCUCCACUUCCUGAUGGAGUGCAAUCACGAGUACAAGGGCUUCCUCGGCUGCUUCCCCGACAUCAUCGGUGCUCACAAGGGAGCAAUAGAAAAGGUGAAGGAGAGCGAUAAGCUAGUGGCCACUAGUAAAAUCACACCACAAGACAAGCACAGUAUGGUGAAGCGGGUCGGCACUAUGUCUUACGCACUACAAGCGGAGAUGAAUCAUUUCCAUAGUAACCGGAUCUACGAUUACAACAGCGUCAUACGCCUGUACCUGGAGCAGCAGGUACAGUUCUAUGAGACGAUUGCAGAGAAGCUGAGGCAGGCCCUCGGCCGCUUCCAGGUGAUGUAGACCAGACCGACGCGUGCCUGUCUCCGCUCGGGCGUGUGACGGGAAGUCGUCAUUCUCCCGCGAGUGCGAAGGGGAGACAAGGGAAGAGGAGAAGAGUGGCCAGCGCAGGUCUCUCCUCCCUGAGGCCUGAGCGCCCAGCCCGCCGGCUCUGUCUGCAGCCGUCAUGAUACCAAUGGAGACAGUGCCUAUUUUUGGAAUAUACUUAAAUCUCGCAGGAUUUUCAGAUGGAAAAUUUGGUAUUUUACAGAGCCUCCUAAUUUAUAGCCCCCACCUCACCCCUAUCCCAUCUCCCAGUUGGUAUCCAAUGUCAGACACUUACUAAUUACUUUCUUACAAAUAAGAAAUCUGCCAGAAUAAAAAACAUGUAUGUAUGUAUGUAUAUUUUUAUAACGCUCGGUCCUCUGGGAUCCGGUCUGUUGAGGACAUUUGGUCCACCUUCCACUGCCUUCCAUGUUUGGGAUUUAAGGGCUGACCUUGACGCGCGAGCUUCCCGCCCGCCGACCUGCCUGGCUCUUACGUAGGACACAGUAUGCCGCUCUGCGAACUGGCGACCAGGCUGCCUGGUUUCUUCUGCCUCUUACCCUCCGCAGAGAGAUUUAUCUCUGCUAUUAGCCAGAGGUCAGCGGUUCAAACCUGCCACUCACUCUCCCAGUGCCUUCUCUCUCUGCACCUCCCACCUCACCAAGUGAGGGCCCACUUGCACUAGAAAGAGUAAGUCAGAAAGGCACUGCGAGCAUGCUGUGCCCUGGAGUUGACUGUGGACCAGCCGGUCAGCUGGUCUCUUCUGAAAAGGUGAGAGAGACCCCAGUUGAGGGAGGAAGCUUCUUCCCUCCCCACCAAAAAGGAAUUGCGAGGGCCCAAGGGACUGGUGGCCCCAGGGCUUUGAGGUUUAGGGACAAGCACAUGUGUUGAUUUUUCUGGCCCAAUCCUCAAGUUCAGAGCGUUCUCUCCCGACUGCUGCUACUUCAGUGACCGCCACAGAGCGCGCAGUCUCACCCACUGCCUUCCUCACAGACCCCCACCCCACGAUGCACAGCUGCCUUACUGCAUAAGCUCCCACCUAAUCGUUAGACUGCAGACACAGGAGCGCCGGGCCGGGAGAGUAAGGUGAAACCAAUCACCUAGACACGAAGUCAAAUGAGCAUGCAGGUGUGGACGCCUUUUCCUCCGUCUCACGGGCUUUGUUAAUGUCUUCUAGGUAAUUCACCCCCACUUGAUUUUUCUUUUAUAAAGUCCCCUAGAUCCAUGUUUAUGAUGCAACCCUUUAAUAUGUGUACAAAUUGUAAAGAAUAUGUAUAAAUGUUUUACACAAAUGUAAGCACAUGUAGAAGCCAACAUAUAAAUAAAUUGUUUUAAAAAACAAUAACUACAGUAAAUUCUCAAA